AUGGAAAGGACGGUGUAUGAACUGUCGGACGACAGCUCGGGCUUGAGCUCCGUGCCUUCAUCCGCGCGCUCUUCGCCCGAGCCGGCCGCCCGGUACCUGACGCCAUCAUCGCAAGAGGGCGAGGAUUCUAUGCGCCAAGACUGCCCUCCGCCCGCAAAGAAGCGGAAGCGCAACCCCCUGCCCAAGGAGCGCACGACACAAUAUCUUGACCUCUCCAGGUCGUCCUACGAGCAACCAGAUCAAGUCAAGUUGCUGGUGGACACUCUUCGUCAUCAAAAGGACAUUAUUGCCAUCGCCGGUGCCGGUAUCUCUACAGCAGCAGGUAUCCCCGAUUUCCGCUCUCCCGAUGGAUUGUUCAAGUCUUUGCAGAAGAAGUACAAUCUCAAGGCUUCCGGCAAGCUUCUGUUUGAUGCCGCCGUCUAUCAGGACGAGACCUUAACGGGACCCUUCCACGAAUUAGUGCGAUCCUUGUGGGAAGAGGCCGCCAAUUGUCAACCCACCAAGUUCCACGAAAUGCUCGCCAGUCUCGGCAAGGAGAAUCGGCUGAAGCGCCUGUACACUCAGAACAUCGACGGGCUUGAAACAUCGAUGAAGCCCCUGGAAACCGAGAUCCCCCUGGGUGUCAAGGGGCGCUGGCCCAUCACAAUUCAGCUCCACGGCAGCAUCACCAAGAUGGUCUGCCAGAAAUGUCGCCACCUGUCCAACCUGGACCCCGAGAAAUUCUGUGAAUCCGAGGCCCCCGACUGCGACGAAUGCGCCGGGAACGAUCGCGCGCGGGUUGGCGCGGGUCAACGAAGUCACGGCGUGGGCCGCAUGCGACCGCGAGUCGUGUUGUACAACGAGCACAACCCCGAUGAGGAGGCCAUCACGUCCGUCAUGAAUGCCGACAUCAAGUCUCGACCUCGCGCCCUGGUCGUCGCCGGCACCAGUCUCAAAAUUCCCGGUGUCCGCCGUCUCGUGAAGAGUUUGUGCAAGGUCAUUCGGGGUCGCAAGGAUGGUGUGACCAUGUACAUUGGCAAGGAGCCGCUGGUCGGCAAGGAAUUUGAGGAUUGUUUCGAUCUCAUUGUUCAAGGAUCGACCGACGAGGUUGCGGAUCUGGUCCAGCUCAAGAACUGGAAGGACCCGGCACCCUACACUUCCCCUCUCCCGGAGCCGGUCUUUGGUGUCCCACCUCCCACGACGGAGGAUGAACAGGUCUCGGUGGUGAUCACCUCGACCCCGAAGAAGCGACCACGCAGCGACACCGGCCUCAUGACACCUUCUUCGUCUCAUGAUGAGCAGCCUCCGGCGAAGAAGCCCGCCAAGCGCUCCAUUGCCAAUCCCGCCAGCAAUGGAAAGAGUCUGACGGAGCUGCUCCAGCGCGAGGCCACCAAGCCGCGGGCUCCGGUCAAGGCCGCCAAAAAGCCGGCCGCGAAGACGGUGGCUCCCAAGAAGCGUGUCAGCAAGCCCAAGGGGGCCACCGCGGCGACAAAACCCAUCUCCUCGUUCGCCACCGUCAGCAAGGCGAAUAAGACCUCCGUCGCCGCCGAGAAGAAGCCUGGCUCCGCCAAGCCUAUGGCUUCAUUGAAACCCGGUGCAGCUCGAGCUAACAGUUCAGUCAAGCCCGGGUUGAUCUCGGAAGACCUCAAGGCGGGCAUUGAGGCCCAUGCGGUGGAGGAAGUGACCAGUCACAGCUCGUGA